CCAAAUAUCUUUGCUACCUGACAACGUCGUCGUUUCUUAUAUAUUCACACACUCUCUCUCUCCCUCCCUCUCUCUCUCUCUCUCUCUCUUCACCCUGUCCACUACACACUUGAUGCGUGUUGUGUGUGUGAAAUCAGAUAGUUUGCUCCCUCCAUUUUUCUCUCUCACUCAGUUACACCUUUCACUCUGUGUCACUUGAAUAUUUGAUCGGAAAUUGAAAACCGUUUCUCACUCAUAUAGCUGAAAUUGAAGAUGUUAGAUCUUAAUGUUGAAGUAAGUAGAAAUACUAAUAAUAAUAUUUCCGAUUACAGUGGUUUGGAAACUGCUAAAAAGCAUGUUCCAGAAGCUCAUCAAUCAGAGAUUCACGUGCAUUCCGGUACAUCAGUUUCCUCUGAGGUUGAUGACGAAAGCUCUGUAUCAUAUAAUGCUACUGAAAACCGGUCUUUCGAUAUUGAUAUAUUCAAUCAAAAAGGUGAAACUUCACAUGUUGAUUUGAUUACGAGGCAGUUUUUUCCGGUUUCUGGUUAUUUGAAGGUGGAGGAGGAGUUAGGUUCUCGGUUAACCGCGCCUUCGCCGGUUAAAUCUGUCCAUGGUGCGGACUGGUUGAAUCUGAAGGUUCUGGUAUCCGAACCGGUUCAACAGAACGUGAAACCGGUUCAGCUGCAGAAGGUGAAGAAAGGCCGGCGCGGACCGCCGUCUAAGAGCUCGCCUUACCGCGGAGUGACGUUUUAUCGCCGGACCGGGCGAUGGGAAUCACAUAUAUGGGAUUGUGGGAAACAACUAUAUUUAGGUGGAUUUGACACCUCCCAUGAUGCAGCCAGAGCCUAUGAUCGGGCGGCGAUCAAGUUUCGGGGAACUGGCGCUGAUUUAAACUUUGAUUUAAGCGACUAUGAGGAAGACAUGACACAGAUGGAGAACUUGUCAAAAGAAGAAUUCAUUCACGUACUGCGGCGACGGAGUAAUGGAUUCUCAAGGGGAAGUUCAAAAUACCGAGGAGUGACCCGUCACAAAUGCGGUAGAUGGGAGGCUCGCAUGGGUCAGCUUCUAGGGAAAAAGUAUGUUUACCUUGGAUUAUUCAACAGUGAAGUAGAAGCUGCAAGGGCUUAUGACAAAGCUGCCAUUAAAUGCAACGGAAAAGAAGCUAUCACCAACUUUGGGCCAAGCACGUAUGUUAAUUCUCCAGGAAGGGAUGAAGCAGGGUGUAACAAUCUUGAUCUCAAUCUAGGGGUUUCGCCCACCAAAGACGCCACAAAGCAAAACCAUGUUCACAACUCGGAUGGUUCUGGGAAACGACACAAAGCAAAAUCGUCCUCUUUUGAUUGGUCGCAUCAUGAUUCAACAGCCAUAGGUCGGCAUAUUCCUGUAUGGCCCAGCAUGUAUAAUAGUCAUACCCCAAAUUCCGAGCAAAUGACAAAAGGAAUUGGAUCUGCAAGUGUUGUUUCUUCUCUAAAAGGAGCUGCAUGGCAAAUGCAAAUGGUAACUGGCCAUCAUGUGCCCGUUGCCUCUACUGCAGCAUCAUCAGGAUUCGUCUCUUCCGUUACCAGGUUCACAGACCCCUCUUCUCGAUAUCAGUACAACUAGACCUUUUAUUGAUGCUCGGCUGACUGCACAAACGCUCAUGUCACCAACUUCAUUUUCUUUGUUUCAGUAUUAGAAAACUUCCUUGUUCUACUUAAGUGUGAUGUAGCAUGAGAUUUCAAGUUUAGUCUGUCUGUAACAUAAUAAUAUGCAUAAUGUUCCAAGUUUUCACUAGACCUUCAGAAUAUAUGAUCAUAUACAUAAAUUUAA